GCGAAAAGAUGAACUCGCUUUCGAAGGGUUUGAGUUUGUGUAGAGGGUGCAUCGACGACCGGCAGCGUUUCCUUGACGCUGAGCAUGCGCUAGAACCGACAACGAGAGACUGAGGGGUGAGCUGGCAGAGACAAGAACAAUUGCUGUUUUUGUGGGCUGACCCAUUUUUUCCCUCUUAGACCCUACCUCGUUUUCCGUCUUCUCUGACACGCCUCGCUUCGACAGAAGCGGCUCGGGACACGACUGCCAGUUUGUUUUUUCUCGAGAGUCUCGCGUUCGUCCCUUGAGGUGGAUUCGCGAUGGCCCAUCGGUGGCAGAUUUGUACUCCCUCUUUUUUGGCAGAACUCGUUUGUGUCCCAUUCAGCUGAUAGCUGCGGCAUCACUCCCGGGUCUAGAAGACGUUCGAGACUGCCGCUGUCUUUCAUCGCUUCUCCCGCCCUUUCUCCGUCAAUGCUCUUGUCUGUUGUUUCUGCUGUGUCGACUUUUUUGUGCGCACUCUCUGCCUUUUCACGCGUUCCUUCCCUCGUCUCUAUCUCCUGGUUGCGUUGCUCGCGCUGUGUUCCGUCGUCCACCCCCCCCCCUCGGCUGCCUGGAAGAGGCAUUAUGGCUUGAUUAGCAACCAAAGGAGCCGAAAAACGUAGAGAAGACCAUCUUCUCCGUCAAAAGGGAGGCAGCUGAGCUGUGCGAGACAACCUCGCCAGGAACACACAUCUACAGACGCGCGGCAUGUAGUGAAAUCUGAGUCGGGACGGGUGCGAAAAAGCCUCAUUUCUUUCGUGGCCGGGUUCCCAUCCGCGGCCGUGUGUUUCGUUUGCUGCUUCCUUCUUUCUCCUUCGCGCAAAAUGACACCCCAACUCUCUCCCCGCUCUACGCUGCAUUCGUCGCGCUCUGCACGCGCUUCUGCCAAGCCUCCGAAAUCUCCUUCCGGCUCUGCGCAAUGCGCGGGCGACCGGCUGUUGUGGGUCGUCGACGCUCACGCGUCAGGCGAACUUUCCACGGCUUCCGCGCUUCGCGCCUUGUCCCUUCUGCUCUCCUCCGAUAACUGGGUCGUCUCCGCAACAGGUAUCAGAGACAUGAUCCUCGUCGCCGAGCGGCUUGCGCGGUGCUUUCGUGGCCAGGUGGGCGAGGAGCAAAGCGAAAAGAGGGAAAAUCCGCGUGAGACCAAGAAUGGAAAGCCCCAGAGACAUGCCUCUUCGACCACGACGGCAGACGGCAAGGAUGUUAUACCGGCUGGUGACUGUUUGACGGACAGAGCCCAGAAGGACUCAGAGCGCGUCUGUGUGGCCUGUGCCGCCUCUGAUCUUUGGAUAGACCGGGCACAGGCCUCUCUGCGUCUCCUGCGGAACGAGACGAACUGGGGCCGGGGAGACAUGGAUCUGCUGGUCGCUGCAGCUGCGACUGGCCGCGGCUCUGGCGGAGGGGCUGGAAGCCGAGCGGCCCAAAGACGACGCAGGAAGAAAUGUCGAGAGGGCAGAGAGGCCGUCUCCCUCGCUGCGUCUGCGCACGAUGGCGACGACAACCACGAUGAAACAGAAGAGACAGGAGGUGUCCGGGCCAGACAGCCCGACGGAAACAGCGGGGACAGUGACGGCGCUGCGCUGGUGAAGGCUGUCACCUCACUCACACAGGCCAUCGCCGCCAGAAUCAGAGUCGAAGCUAACCGGAAGCAGUUCUGCCUCCCAACGCUGACAUCGCUGGUUCGACGCCUUCACCGCCUCGCGCUCCUGCCGCUUCUCCAGCCUUCUUCGGAGCUGCCGCCGGAAACGCUUUCGCCCGUAUCUUCGUGGCUCCUUCUGGUCGACCUCUUUCCUCCCCUUCGCAGGGUUCUCCGCGACAGCGUAACUGCGGUGCUGGACGUUUUGGCAAUGAAACCGGGCACACGGGCCUUCUCAGUUUCCGAGGAGGAAGGCUGCUUCACUUUGAAGAGCGCGUGCGCAGAAAUGCUUCACCACGUGCUGCACCAGUCUGCCAGCCUCUCUCUCUUUUCGUCUUCUCUGACUUCCCUGUCAUCUGCCCUCCGAUCUAGUUGCUUCGAUCUCGCCUUCGACGAGAACGAGGACUUGGCUUUUUACGGACGCUCGACGCUCUGCCGCUUAACUUGGAUCUUCCGGCGCACGUCAGCUGCAGCGGCUUCUCUCGCUGCGUCCGGCUCGUCUCUCGCUUCAACGUCAACUGCGCCCCAGGACGAAGGGCAAGAGCAUCAGCUGUCCUUCGAAGCCAUCUUUGAGCAGACAAUCGUCAUUUGCAACAGCCUUUUCGAUCUGUGUAACACCUUCUUAGGGUCGGCUUUAGAAGACGGUAGCUCGACAAAGGGCAGGGGCGGAAGCCAAUCCACAGCCAGGCGCUUUCGCAUGCAGGGCCACCAGGGGCGGCAGCCGAUCUCUGCUUCUCGUACGAGCGAAGGAGGCUACGACGAGCGAGAAACCAGCGGGGGUUUGCCAGAGGCCGUCAAGCACUUGCGGGCGAAGAACGAAUUCCAGCGAGCCGUGCGGGCGAUUCAGCUGCUAAGAGACCUUUUGCUUUUCGGAAGUGGCCAGGCGGUCCCCAAGGAGGGCGCUCUGGGUGUGUCUCUCGCUCCUUUCGAGCGUGAAGGCGGACGCUUCAUGGUUGUCAAUGUUUCUGCCUGCUUGGGCCUGCUUCGCGCGUUCCUCGACACCGUCAUGUGUGUGUUCCACAAAAAAGCCGAAAAGAGCUUGGGCAUGUCAGACAGUCACGCAAGCGAUGACACGGACGAUGCGUCCAGCGAGGCAGAAAUUGAAGCGUUGUCGGAGCCAGAAGAAGACGGGGAGGGAAAGGAGCGAACCCCCCGAAAGCGUGGCAGAGAUGGCAGGCAGAUCGCGGUGAAGGGGAACCACAUGCAACUGACUAACUCCCAGGGUGAUCACGGAGACCAAAAGAGGAAUGGGAAGACACUGCCGAAGUGGAUGAAGGAUAAAGACAGGUCUAGACAGCCGAACCUCGGUAUAUCUGCGUCUGGGUCUAACACUCAGAAACGCGAUCAGCAGAGCGAAACAGAAGACGAAGACAGGUCAGCAGAUCCAGGUGGCGACGGACGAAAAGCAGCGUGUCAGGUGCCGUUGGCGAACGCGUAUCUCAACAGCGCUGAAUCCCUGACAUUGUAUCAGCAUCUCCGUCUCACAGAAGCAGAUGUCUUCUCGAGCCCUCUUCUGGAAUAUAUUUUCACAGCGACAAUUGAGUGUGUGCAAGCGUUGCUCGACGUUACCGGAGAUGCAGGAGUUAUGGCCGAUGUCACUGGAUUCGCCUCGUUCGCCAGGACGCUUCUGCAGGCGUCAACCAUCGAUGCGUUACCUUCUAUGAUAGCAGCUCGCUUUUCUGGUAUCAUUUGUUCUUUUCUCCACUCCUUGUUCACUACGGCACCGUUUCUCUUCCCUCCGCUCGCAGACCUCUCGGUGGGGUGGACUGCGUCAGUCCUUGAGACCCUGGGCGCUCGUCUUCCGCUGGAUUCGUGUUCUGCGUCCCCACACAUGCCACCGCUUGAGGAGACAAGCCAGCCGGCGAAAGCCUUCAGAAAGCUUCGCCUGGUCUCGCUCUGUCGUGCUGUCUAUGCUGAGCCUUUCUUUCAAUUGGGCCAGGUAGCUGUGUCUCGACGGGGAGCUAGCUGCUCGCCACUUGGCGAGUGGAGGCCAGGUGCGCAGACAGGACACCGUAAUCGCCGUGCACUCGAGGGAGGCGAAGAACAAGCUGAGGGAUUUUCAAGCGUCGACGAAAGGGGACAAGAUUCAGUGAAGAAGAGACAGAGACGGAGAAGGGGACACGAAGAAGAGAGACGGGCAAGUAUCUUCGCCGAACAAGCCUCACUCGCUUCUCUCCAAGAUAACGACGGCCUCCACCUCAUUCUGUGCGUGUGGCGGGACACCUGCAGACUGCUCGGAUUGCUUCUCACUAUGGAGGCUUCACGUUCCUUGCGCGGUGAACUCGCCCUCACCCGCCUUCGAGGAGCGGCUGAUGGCAUGUGCCUCGACAUUCUUCUCAGCGGUCUCGUAGGCCCCACUACUUCCCCCUCUCUCGCGUCGCCUCUCGCGGACAUGGUCGUCUCAGACACGCCUAGUUUAACGGCCACUUUGAGACUCCUUCGCACCUCCCUAGCUCGAGGGAGCAUGCCUCCGAGCCAACAGACAGUCGAGGCUGUGUCAACGCUCCUAAGCAGACUGAAUCGAUUUAUUGACGGCAAAAGACGAAGUCUGUGGAUGGGAGAUUCGUGUAGCUCGCCCGGCUCUGGGACGGCAGAGACUGACGAUGGACGCCUUUCUGUUCUCUUGGCAGCAAUCGAAGGGAUUAGGAACUGUCUGUCGCUGAGGCGAAGUUCCGGCAUCGUUUCUUGUUUGCCUUCGCUUGUGUCGGAAAACAGUGGGGUUGCUGCAUCUCUACAACAGCUUCGCCGUGUCUGGAAAACUGACCUUUCUCGGUCGGCUAAAGGCCAAAACCGAAACGAAAGGUCGAGCUUUGUAGAACUGUAUCGAGAAACAGUUGAGGCGCAACUGAUAUUGGGAGCCAUAGAGGCGAGUGAGGAGAUGUACAGACAGUCGCGGGCACAAAAACGGGCCAAGGCGAAAGCGAGCGGUCAGCAAGCAGCGCCAGAAGGAGACGCAAGUGACACAAGCAAAGAUUCAGACGAAGAGUCUGAAGCGAGGGACGCACAUGGUGAACAACCAUGCUUGGUCAAACAGGAGCACAAAGAGAUGCCACAAGUUGCUCGAGGUAACCAAGUGGAAAGCGUUAUGGAUGAUCGUUUAGAAGAGAAAAAAGAACGAGAUGCGGAGCUAGAGGAAGAAGGCAAUGCUCCAGCAGGUGAAGACGACGAACCAGUUGACAGGGAAGAGGAGCACGAUUCGCGUAACGCAGAUGAAAAGAAGGCUAGUGACAAUUCGGCAGUUUCCGACGCUUCCGACGCAGGGGAAGAUGAAGAAAGCGACAGCGAGGAGCUGGUGUCACUCAUAGAGCGCAUCCGGCAAAAGGAAGAAGACGACUUCGACGGUUUGCAGUCUGACGACGACAGCGAUAUGGAUUUCUGAGCCCUGUGUCAGUUCUUGAGAGCCGGCGCCGGGUCUCGAUUGUUCCAGCCUACCCCUUGCAGCGUGCUCGCUUGUUCACGGCGCUGAGCCCUCAAUCACGUGUCCAAUCCAUGGUGAUUCUUGUGACUGCGUUGCAUUUUCGUGCCACAUAUGCCAUGGUAUGUUUGGAAACCUGCCAGCUGAGCUGUUUUUUAGGUUGGUCGUUUGUAUAUGGGCUGAUCGACGUCGUUGUUGGGGCUGGCCUACGGCAUUGGGGCACGAGUCUUUUGCCCAACUGACUUGUGGUUGCAGGACGCGGAUGGGACGUUGUAUUUCGUCCGUCGCCUAGGAUAAGUCGGGGUGCCCCUUUCUGAUACUGGUGCAGAACCCCCAUCCGCGACCGGGCACUCCAUCAGCUUCUCUCAAUAUUUCACUUGGCUUGCAAAAAACCUCUCACUUCCCCAGGCACUUUGCAGUAUUUUUAAACUGUGGAUUGUCGGUUCUCCGAUCAGUUGACAAUGCCUCUCUUGAAGGCUAUUUACAGAGAAAACAGGUGCGACGCCAGCACACAGCAUAUACAGCCCCUCCGCCAAAUACGAAACGAGAGGUGAUGACCACCAUUCACGCAACGCUGAUCCGCGCGCGAUGAGGACCAAGAAUAGAUUGUUUACACUGGGAACUAUCUCCGUAGACGCAUAAUCAAAGCUUCCCUACGUACGGAUCACAAACACAGAGUGUCAGCAUGUUCACCUCGGCAACAGACCACGGACAUACUCAGUUCAUGCAAUUCACAAUCUCGGUGUUGAGACUCCUCUCUCCAAUACCGC